GACGAUCGGGAUGUUAUAGAGUGAAGUGGCGACGUCAUUCGCGAGUAUUUCAGGUCCCGUGAAGUGUCCAAAACGCUUUCGAUGAGAGUGAAGUGAUGAUGAGAGAUGUGCGAUUUUGUUUGCUUUAGGCUCAGAAGGAGGCCUACCCGAUUGGGGUUUCGAGAUUUGGGGGUUUAUCAAUUGAUAGUAGAUCAUUUUCUUGGCGCUGUCCGCCCCACGCUGUUGUCAUUGGUGGGCGAAAAUUAUGCUUACGAGUCACGUUAGCAGUGGUUUAGAAUGCGUAUUAACGGCCCUAUCAUGAUGACUGCAGACGCACCGGCUGGUGGCCCUAGUGUGGGUAUGGGCAUGGGGAGGAAAGAGGAGAAGGAGGUGAUCCACUCGGGCCACUUCAUGGUCUCCGACUUCGAGGCGGAGGCCCAAGACGACGAGGAGAACGUCCUGCUGGAGAUCCCGGGAGAUGACAACCUGGGCUCGAGCCCUGGGCAGGGAGGCGAGGUCACCUCCCACGGCGAGCCCUCCGUCAUCACUUACGCCAAGAGGGGCAGCGCCUCCAACUUCGGCGGCUUCGAGACCUUCAGCAUUGACAGCUCCCUCACCAAGCUCUUCAACGCCAUGUCCAUAGCGUACAGGCAUAAAAUAACUUCUCCGAAGUGGAAUAGAUUCAAAGGUCUGAAACUGAGAUGGAAAGACAAAAUACGUCUCAACAACGUUAUAUGGAGAUGUUGGCAUAUGCAGUUUAUCCGGAAAAAACGUAUGACCGUUUGUCAGUUUGCCUUAGAUGUGGAUUUGCACAACAGACCAGAGGCUAUUGUUUUAGAAGGAAAGUAUUGGAAGAGGCAGCUGGAUGCAGUAACAGCAGAGUACAAAAAAUGGAGAAUAUACUACAAAAACAAGAUAUCAGGAAGCAAUGUUUCAGAUUGUGAUGGGUCAAUAUUUGACCUGGAAGGAAUGGACUUCUCUAAGCCUUACUCAGGAUUGCAGAUGUCACUUGAUGAUGGUGAAUUCCCAGAGUUUAUGGAUUUCACAGAUGUUCUCUUCUCAUCACUAGUUAGCCAACCACAGCCAUUUGCCUUUCCCAACCCGAGGGAGAUUGCCCGUGGAACUGGAAAUUCUGAUUUUAUUCAGCCUGGGCUUAUUCAAUUGCAGCCAAAUCUGGAAGAUAUUAUGGACAUAGUAGAACCAUUGCAAGAAAUGCUCGCUGGCCGAGGACUCCCAACCGUCCCCGAAGAGGAUUUCCUUCCCGAGGUUGGCCAGACUCCUGAACUUCCUCCGCCCUCUACAACGGCCUCUCCUGACCAACACCUUCACCAACAACAGCCCUCCCCGGUCUCGGCACUUCAGUAUACUGCUCGAGUCACCGCCAAUCCUUUCCUGGAGGCCGUUCCUUCCCCGACACACAACUCGAGUCAUACUUCGACUCACAACAGCUCCUCUGGACACAUUGCAAUCACAGGACAUCACCCUCACCCUUCCCCGGUCUACAGAAGCCCUCAGAUGCCGCCCCUCGAACAGCAGCAGCAGCAACCCCAGUUGGUGUCCUUGCCCACCCAGUCACCCCCUUCGUCAUAUCAUCAGCCUUCCCUUCUGAGGCAUUCCGCCAACGGCGGCAGUCUUCACAGCCAGACCCAGACUCCCAUUCAGUUGCAACCUCAACCUUCAACCUCUCCAUUACAGCUGACCCAACAGCAACCACUGACUCCACCUCAGCUUCAGCCACCCUUGACACCGCCGCAUUUACAUCAGCAGCCUCACACACCUCCCCAGCAGUUGAAACAAGGACCUCCCUCGCCACAACUUCAGCAUCACAAUAGCCCCAGGUCCUUCCUCAGAAGUCAUAGCCAGCAUGAACUUGGCUCUCCACAGCAGCAACAGCCGAUCGCUUCUCACAAUGACGACACCUUUAUCAUGCCCAAGUCAUACCCUCGUCGAAGGUCUCACAGUUCAGGAGGUGGUAACAAUAGUGGACUGGUGGGAACCCCAACACUAGCACCUCAGCAGGUGGCAAGUACGGUAGCAGCAACGUCUUUGACCGGCCUGAGUCCUUCCAUUAACACUGUGAUAGCUACCUCCUUGCCCCAUUUAGCUCCUGCUCCCUCUGUUGGGCCCAUAACAGCAGCAGGAACUGCAAUCAUAUCCGCGCCUGUGAUAGCACCAGUACAAGCUGCCACCACACCUGGAGGGUCAGCACUUUUAGCUCAGCUCCUUACCUCAGGUUCAUGUCCAGUCAACUGCAGUAGUCAAUCAGCCAGCAGUCAUCAACUGGGCACUAUCAAUGCAAGUGGUCAGUUAAACAACUUGAGCAACAGCAUGACUGUCAAUGCUUGUAAAAAUGUCAAAGUCUCUAUGAUGAUUCCUGGUGUCAUUACAGGCAACACCACUGCAAGUAGCAGUUGCAGUAGCAGCAACAGUAAUCUUUGUAGCAUUACAAGUAAUAGUUCUAAACCAGGUGUUUCAACAUCUGUUCUAGUUGCUCCAAUCACCCUGUCAGCUGUCACUCCAUCCACGCUCAAGACACAGUCUUUCACACAGAUGUCACCAUGGAGUCCAUGCUCCCCAAAAGGCCUGAUAUUAAAGCAGUCUCCUCCCCACCCAGAACCUACUUCACCCUUGAUGAAUGUUCCAUCACCUCCCAAUAAACCUUUCAGACCCAAGAGUGAUACAGAAAGAGUACAAUAUAAGGAGCAUCGUAGAGUUUGUCACAUCAAUGCAGAGCAAAAGCGUCGCUCAAAUCUUAAAAACAACUUUGACAUAAUGCAUCAGCUCAUUCCAUCCAUUAGUCAAAGUCCAAAUGCAAAAAUCAGUAAAGCAGCAUUACUUCAGAAGGGAGCAGAAUAUAUUCAGCAACUUAAAACAGAAAGGCAGCAAUUUACUGAAGAAGCAGAAAAUCUCCGUGCUCAGAUUGAGACUUUAAGUUUGGAAAUAAGUAAUGCUCAGGCACAACUGCCUGCUACUGGAGCACCUAUGACUCAUGCCAGCCACAAUAAACUGAAGGAAAUGUUCAACAGUUAUGUCAAGGAGCGUACACUUGCCAACUGGAAGUUUUGGAUCUUUUCAUUAAUUACUGAGCCACUUUUGGAAUCUUACAAUAACAGUGUUGGCACAAGUUCCCUAGAGGACCUAUGUCGAUCUUCAUUGGCAUGGUUGGAUCAGCAGUGCUCACUUAAUGUUCUCAGACCUUUGGUUUCCAACUCGAUGCGCAAGUUGAGCACAACAACAAAUGUUUUAGCAGAUCCUGAUAGUCUCCCUGAAGAAAUAUACCGAAGAGUUACAAAACAAGAAGGAGAGAAAUAUUGUAGCCAUCGGUGAUCCAUGGCCCAAGUUUUCUUGAUUACUAAUCAUGAACCAAGUUAGGAAAAACCAUACUUGGCCUCACUAGUCUUUCCUGUAAGGAUAAUCAUAAAAUAAUGUAGGUUUUUUUUUUUUUUUAUUGUUAUCUGUCAAGAGACCGGGGGUUAGGAUGUAUGUUUUUGAAUCAAUCUCUGAAAUUGGGCAACAGCUGUGAGCAAAAAGGGCUUGUGAAAUUACCUUUUGUACAUUUUUAUGAGGGAAUUCUUUUUCCGAAUAUGAACUCUAUUCAUGCCAAGUGGAAGUAUACUGUACUUUAUGAAUAGAGAUGCAUCCGUUUUGUCAUGUAUGUACCCUAUAAUUAUGUAUUCUUUUGAAACUGCUUUAACUUAAUUUGAAUUGUUUAUAUUGUUAAACUGCAGUGGCUGUGAUUAACUAUUAUCAGCUGUUUGUUUUGGGCCACUUAUGUCUCAUUACAGGUAAUUACAGUGAUAGUUUUAAAAUCUUAUUUUGAUUAAACCUACUAAGUAUGUACUGUACUUGAGGUUUAUGAUAAAUUGUAGAGGAAGUAUUAGUUUAAUGAGUGGUGUGGGCAGAGUUGAUGUCUUGGAUGUUUUGUCAAAGUUUUCAUGAAGCUAUUCCAAAUUUGACAUGUAAAAUGUAGUCAUUGUUACUACACCAUCUCCAUUUUUCUGUACUUCAUAUUUUUAUACCUUAGUUUAGCUUUAUCCAAGUGCCAUUUGAUUAUUUUUAAGACAUACUAAAGGUAGAAAAAAAAUUGAUAAGGGACAUGAGUUGUAGGGACACGUGUUUUUCACUUGCAUUGAUUUGUUCUUAACUCUGCCUAUAUAAUUUACUUGAUAAUUGAUAGUUCAGUAUAUGAGGUUUUCUGUAUAUGAGGCUAUGUUACACAAGGAAAAUGGAGUUCUCAGUGUUGAUUACUUUAUUAUGUUGGCACAGUGUAAUUGCUCAGCUUGUAUAUAAAAUUCUAAGUAUACUUUAUCAACUCCCCAAACCAAAGUAUUGUAGAAGACAUUUUUUGAAUCAGCAAAAAAAUUUAACUCAUAACAUUACUGAAUGUAUAUUAAAGACUAAAGUCAUUUUUAAUAGCUUAAUUUUCUUUGUUAUUGAUUUGUCUUCCAGUCACAAUGUUUUCAUACAGACAAAUUAUUUUACCCCUUGUAAACUCUUAGAAUUUAUUACUUGAAGUAUGUACAACACAAAUUAUUGCCAAAUUAUGAAGCAGUAUGUACUGUAAAAUUCAAAUAUUCAUUAAUCUUAUUCAUAUUGUAAAUCUAUGCAGCCUGAAGUAUUUUAUAAAGUAUUCUUAUUGUUACUGAAAUUAUUAAUUCUUAAACUUUUAUACAAUUAUGUACUAGUGUUCAUCCUGUGUGACACAGUUUUAGUGUAAUUUGUAAAUAGCAGUAAAAUAGUGUACCCAGUUCUCAGAAACUUCACUAGACAAGCUAAAUGUUCAAGAAAAAUUCAGCCAUAGAAUAAAACUUACAGGUUUUGAUCAAGAAAAUUUUUGUAUAGAAAACUUGCAGGCUCUGAUCAAGAAAAACUGAUAAAAAAGAAAGUAAUUAUUUAUAGGCUCGACUCAUAAUUGCUCAGUUUCAGAAAAUAAGUUUGUGUAAUCAUGAUGUGGUUACUGUAGAAUGUACCUAUGAUAUAGUUAUUCUGUAUUUUGAAAUAUUGGCAAAAAUAAUAGUGUGUACAUCAAUAUUUUGUAUAUUCAUUACAUGUAAUUUUUUAUGCAUAAACAGUAUACUUUAUGAAGCAAAUCUGGCAGAUAUCACAGUCUUUCUAGUACAAAUUUCAUGCCACCUGUCAAGAUUUUGCUUUGCAAUCAUAAUUUCCUUGAAUGUUGUACAUAGUUAUGUUGUUAUAAGAGGAAGAUAGUGCCAAUAGACUGUAGGGACUGAGAGCAGCCCUUAGAAUGCCAAAAUGUUUUUUUUUAUUAAUAGAAUUUUGUGCAAUUUGGCAGUGCAAUUUUUUAUAUAUAAUGUCAACAAUAUUGCUGUGGGCUAAGUGAUUCUCAGCUCCUUAUGUUUUGCAUUUUCCUUUUCUUUUUGUUAAUAUGAAAAGGGUUUGUGUGUUGAAGGUUGUACAUUUUUUCUUAACAAUGCAGAUUGUAUUUAUUACGUUAAGAUUUUACUUAAGGCAGUCUUGCCUUUUGUAAUUCUCACAUUUAGAAUGGUAGCAUGAUGUGUAUUUAAUGGCAGUGAAUGAAUGAAACUUGCAAACAUGUUUGGAUAUAGAAUUUUAUUAAAGUACUGAAUUUUA